AUGCCUUGUGGACUUAUCUUGUACGGCGUAACCUUAGCACAUGAGAUGCACUGGAUUGCGCCAAUCGUGGGAACUGGCUUUGUUGCCUUCGGCCUCAGCGUUGGUGGCGCUGUGACGAUGUCGUAUAUUCUCGACUGCUACAAGGAGAUCGGUACCCAAGCUAUCACCUCUAUAAUUCUGAUCAGGAACAUAGUCGGCUUCGGUAUCACGUGGGGUAUUCAGCCGUGGAUUACAGGUCGCUUGUGUUUAUUUAUCUUCGGCAAAGCUGCCAGAGGAAUGACCGCGAAGCGUUAUCAGUCUAUGGCUUUGAAGGUUGCCGUGUUCUGA